AUGUGGACUUCAAGCAGAAUGGCCAGCGCCAAGUGGCUUGGAUCCAGUAUAUCCAUAUGGUUUUGUUUGAUGAUGAACCUCAUUGCAGUUGCAUUAUCUGGAAGCACCGUACCAUCCAGCGAAGGCCAAGAAGAUAGCCUGUCAGACAACUUGCUUCUGCAUCAGCGAAUGAAGAGGAGCUGGGUGUGGAACCAGUUCUUUGUUCUGGAAGAAUACACUGGAACUGACCCUUUGUAUGUGGGAAAGCUGCAUUCUGAUAUGGACAGAGGAGAUGGAUCAAUUAAAUAUAUUCUAUCAGGAGAAGGAGCAGGUGUUGUGUUCACCAUUGAUGAUACUACGGGAGAUAUCCAUGCUAUUCAAAGACUAGAUCGGGAAGAGAGGUCCCAGUACACACUGAGAGCCCAAGCCUUGGAUAGACGGACAGGCAGGCCAAUGGAACCAGAAUCUGAAUUUAUCAUCAAAAUUCAAGAUAUCAAUGACAACGAACCCAAAUUCCUGGAUGGGCCAUAUGUUGCUUCAGUACCAGAAAUGUCACCCGUGGGUACCUCCGUUAUCCAAGUGACAGCAACAGAUGCUGAUGAUCCUACCUAUGGGAACAGUGCCAGGGUAGUGUACAGCAUUCUCCAAGGACAGCCAUAUUUCUCUGUGGACUCCAGAACAGGUUUAAUUAGGACAGCACUAAUGAACAUGGACAGAGAAGCGAAAGAAUAUUACGAAGUGAUUAUCCAAGCCAAAGAUAUGGGUGGACAGCUGGGAGGAUUAGCCGGGACAACCACCGUCAACAUCACUCUCUCCGAUGUCAAUGACAAUCCACCCAGAUUUCCACAGAAACAUUAUCAGAUGAGCGUAUUAGAAUCGGCUCCAGUCAGCUCUACUGUGGGCCGUGUUCUUGCUAAAGACCUGGAUGAAGGCAUUAAUGCUGAAAUGAAAUAUAGUUUAGUGGAUGGAGACGGACUAGAUGCCUUUGAUAUUAUGACGGAUCCCAAUUAUCAAGUUGGCAUAAUCACAGUGAGAAAGCCCUUGAGCUUCGAGACCAAGAAAAGCUACACUUUAAAAGUAGAAGGUGCCAAUCCCCACCUGGAAAUGCGUUUCCUCAACCUAGGCCCAUUCCGUGACACUGCCACUGUGCACAUCAGCGUGGAGGAUGUGGAUGAGCCACCGGUGUUUGAGCCUAGCUUUUAUUUUGUGGAGGUACCUGAAGAUGUGGACAUUGGGACCACCAUACAAAUGAUUUAUGCCAAGGACCCUGAUGUGACCAACAACUCGAUCAGAUACACCAUCGACCGGAGCAGUGAUCCUGGACGCUUUUUUUAUGUUGAUAUUGCAACUGGUGCUUUGAUGACUGCACGGCCCCUGGAUCGGGAAGACAUUGUGUGGCACAAUAUUACCGUGUUGGCCGUGGAGAUGAACAACCCUUCCCAAGUUGGCAGUGUUGCUGUCACAGUCAGAGUCCUGGAUGCAAAUGACAAUGCUCCAGAAUUCCCCAGGUUCUAUGAGGCUUUUGUUUGUGAAAAUGCAAAGCCUGGACAGCUGGUCCAGACAGUUAGUGCAGUCGACCAGGAUGAUCCACCAGAAGGACAACACUUCUACUACAGCUUGGCUCCCGAGGCAGCCAACAACCCCAAUUUCACUCUAAGGGACAAUCAAGACAAUACAGCUUGGAUUUUAACCAGGAGAUCGGGCUUCCGGCAGCAUGAGCAGAACACUUUUUACCUUCCCAUCCUCAUAGCUGAUAAUGGACACCCCACUCUGAGCAGCACCGGGACUGUAACAAUCCACGUUUGCAGCUGCGACGACAAAGGUCUGCUGAUGUCCUGCAAUGCAGAGGCCUACGUCCUCCCCGUCACCCUCAGCAGAGGCGCACUUAUUGCCAUUCUAGCCUGCAUCUUCGUCUUGCUAGUGCUGGUGCUGCUGAUCUUAGCCAUGAGAAGACACAGGAAGCAGCCUUACAUCAUUGAUGAAGAUGAGAACAUCCAUGAGAAUAUCGUACGAUAUGAUGAUGAGGGGGGUGGGGAGGAAGACACGGAGGCCUUUGAUAUUGCGGCCCUUUGGAACCCAAGAGAGGCCCAUGUGGUAAUGAAGAGUAGGCAGGACAUGAUGCCUGAAAUAGAAAGUCUCUCCAGAUACGUUCCUCAGGCCUGCACAAUGGACAGCAGCGUUCAUAGCUAUGUAUUGGCCAAGCUCUACGAAGCUGACAUGGACCUCUGGGCUCCCCCUUUUGACUCUCUCCAGACGUACAUGUUUGAGGGCAACGGCUCCGUGGCAGAGUCGCUCAGUUCCUUGCAGUCAGUGACUACGGACUCAGAGCAAAGCUAUGACUAUCUGACGGACUGGGGGCCUCGUUUUAAAAAGCUGGCAGAAAUGUAUGGUGCCACAGAAGGGAACGGGGCCCUUUGGUAA